CCAGCACGAGCGAAUAAACACAUCAUCAAGCAACCUUUGACAUAUGCGAGGCGACUCUAGCCCAGGUUUGAGUGGCACUGGGGCUCCAUUUCCACCGGUGCGCCGUACGCAUGUCAGAAAAAAAAAUACGCCCGCCAAGUCUUUCAAUCAACUGGACCAGCCCGCAGGGCGGCUCGAGCGUUUUUUCAUGCGACCUUUUGCAGAAAAUCGCUUCAGCUUCCAUGCAGAUAUUUGUCAACCGAGCUGCCGCGGAUAGAUGAUAUACGGAGACUAGGAGAGAGCAGAUCCUCGCCAGAUACCCGCUUAACCGGCGAACUACCGUACACACACACACACAAAAAAAAAAACAGGAUGUCCACCUCCGCCGCGCCAGUGCCGGCGCAGCCUGCCCACCCGCGCUCCAUCCUUCGCGGGCACAAGGCGCAAGUGCACGCGGCUGCGUUUGUGCGCAACAACGAGCGGCUGGUCACCGGCGAUGCGGACGGGUUCGUCGUGGUCUGGGACCUCACAAUCAUGAGACCCCGGGCGGUGUGGAGGGCCCACGACGACGUCCUGCUGGGGAUCGGCGGCUGGGGUACUGAUAGACUCAUCACGCAUGGUAGAGACAACAAGCUCAUUGUCUGGCAGCUACGCGAGGCCGACGAGGACUCGCUGGCAAAAACGCUGCCCGUAGACCCGGCGGCUGAGGAUAGACCGAAGCCCUGGCUGCUGUACAUGCUUGAGAUAAGCACCAUGAAUUUCUGUACCUUUUCUCUGUGUGAGAUGUCAUCAGACCCCCUCUCUGAGGAUAGGGAGGCUCUGAUUGCCGUUCCGAAUACCCUGUCAUCAGAAGCUAUUGACAUAUUCCAUUUGCCGUCCCAGAAGCGUGAGCACACCAUCAGACUGGGCCAAAGCGAGGGCAUGGUGAUGGCGCUUGAGUUGUUUAGAGUGGAUGGGUAUUUUACCGUAGCUGUCGGCUACGAGAACGGCGUUGCCCUCGUGGCCCAACAAGCAGAGAGAUCGGAAACUCCAGUAGGCACCUGGAACGUCAGGUAUAGAUCCAAAGCACAUACUCAGCCGGUACUCUCCUUGGAUGUGUCUCUGGGCAGGGACUUUUUUCUGACGUCCAGCGCGGACUCCCUAUUGAUCAAACACCCCAUACCACCCCCGCAGACAAGCGUCCUGAAAACGGCCAGGGAAGACGGCACGACGUCGGAGGGCGCCAAUGCCAGCGUGAUUGACUCGCAGCCGCCAGCCUUGGCGUCGAGGCCCCCCGACGCACCCGUGGCGGCUCCCCCAGCCACCCCUGGCAAGCCCAUGUCUCUCCUCUCGGCUGCGCUGGCCCGCGAGGCUGCAGGCGACUCGGCCGAAAGCCCCACGCGCCGGACAACGCAGCCAUCAGACACACCGCCCGAAUCGACGCUGCUCAGCGAGCCGGUCAAGGUCGUCAACACCAAGCACGCGGGGCAGCAGGGCCUGCGGAUCCGGUCCGACGGCCGCAUCUUUGCCACGGCGGGCUGGGACUCCCGGGUCCGGGUGUACUCUUGCAAGACGAUGAAGGAGCUCGCGGUGCUAAAGUGGCAUCAGGUCGGGUGCUUUGCGGUGGCGUUUUCCACCAUCGACGCACCGGCGGGGACUCAGGCUGAGGGUGCACGAGAUGGUCUGGCGGCUAGGAUGGGUGACGUGACGGUCAAGGAAAAGAGGAUCUCACAUGCAAAGUCGGCGCACUGGCUGGCUGCGGGGAGCAAGGAUGGAAAAGUCAGUCUAUGGGAGAUUUACUGAGCAUGGGGGUGGCGCGGCAUGAGGUCUACGAUGGGGCGUUUAAAGGUAUCACCUGCAGACAGUCUCUAGUCUCCUUCCUUCUCGUAUUACGAUUUUUUUUCUUUUUUUUUUUGGCCAGGACCAGUCUAUUUCUGCUUCUGAUCUCAAUCAGACAAAACAUUAUUCAUCAGGGAGUGCCCCUGGGAUCUGAACACAUCUGUCAUGUCCCCGUUGCCGUUAUCCUCGACUCGGGCCCAGCUUAUUGCCC